AUGGAGGCCGCGCGGCAGCGCAUGGCCGAAAUGAGCCAGUGGCAGGCCGCUGCACGGCGCGGCAUAGCAGCAGCCCGCGACCACACGUGGACGGUUGCAGAGGAGUGCGGCCGCCACGAGGAGACAGCCAGCGAGGAGCUGCUCAUGCAGCUGGCUGAGGUGGCAGUUGGGGAUGACGCUGCUGCAGCGGCGCCGAUGCCAGCAGCAGCGCCGGCGCCGGCAGCGCAGCCGGCACCAUCAGCAGCGCAGCCGGCACCAUCGGCAGCGGCAGCUGCGUUGCUGGAAGCAGACGCGUCUGUGCUGGCAGCCAGUGAGGAUGGGCAGGUGACCGUGCCCCUCUCGCUGCUGCGGCAGCUGGUGCAGCAGCAGCAGCAGCAGCUGGCGCAGCAGCAUGAACUGACCACUGCCGUCCAUCUGCUCUCCUCGGAAGUCAGCUUGCACGGCCCCCCAAGCCGCCGCCGUACUAUUGUAGCGGCCGCUGCCGACCCAAGCGUGAGCCUGGACGCCACCACAGUUGGUGUGUUUGAGCUCGGCUAUGCCCCUGCCGCGGGCUCUGCCGCCGCCCCCAGCGCAGCAGCACCAGCAGCAGACAGCUCAGCAGAGGGUGGUUGGCGGAGCCGCUGGCAUGGCGUCCCCUGCAACAUCCCCAGCAGCCUGUCCGCCUUGCUCAACACCGAGUGGGCUGCGCGGCACUACUACGAGGGCGUGCAAGGCCCGGCGUGGAAGGACCGGGAGGACGAGCAGCGGGAGGCACAGCGGCUGGGCCGGCUGCCCACCCGGCACACCUGGCGCCCAGGCGCGGCGGUGCGCAAGAUCUGGCACCUGGUCGUCAACGCAAUGGCACUGGUGGAGGAGCUGGCACGCCAGGAGGGCUGCUCAAACAUGGAUGCUGCCAGGCUGGUGGACCAGCGCCUGGCGCAGCAGGAGGGCAAGAAGAAGAAGAACUUUGCCAGCCUGGGCCGCAAGGAGAACGAGGCGGCGGUGCGCGAGCUGCUGGGGCUUCCGGCAAAGCCCGCGCCCAAUGGCUGA